ACCCUCAAUUAUUUCCCCAGCGCCACCACCACCACCUUGCCGGGGUUAAAUCGAAAAGGGUAUCUUCCUCACAAACUGGCAUUGAUUCCCUCCCUCUCCAUCCUACGGUAGAAAUCGACGGCUUCCGCCAAUAUUUCGAAUCUUAUGGCCAAGUUACUGAUGUAGUAAUCAUGUAUGACCAAAACACGCAGCGGCCCCGUGGGUUUGGAUUUAUUUCCUUUGAAUCUGAGGAUUCGGUCGAUCGAGUGUUGCACAAAACAUUUCAUGAUUUGAACGGGAAGCAAGUAGAAGUGAAGCAGGCUCUUUCUAAAGAUGCCAAUCCUGGUGGAGGCAGUCGCUCCUCUAUGGGCGGUAAUGAUGGUGGUUAUCAAAGCUAUGGCGCUUCUGGUGGGAGUGCAGUAGGCUCAUAUGAUGGUAGAAUGGAUUCAAUGAGGUAUAUGCAGUCACAGGCCGCUGGAGGCAGCUUUCCUCCUUAUGGAUCAUCUGGCUACCGUGGACAUGGAUAUGGUUACAGUACUGCUGCAAGCAAAGGAGUUGGAUAUGGAGGCAGCCAGGGGAUUGUUUGAGAAAAUGCCAUCUAGAGGUGUUGUGGUGUUGUGUCGUGGAACUGCAUGAUAGAUGGAUAUGCAAGGGUGAAGAACAUCUCGUCUGCUCGUGCCUGUUUUGAUGAGAUGCCGUGCAGAAAUGUGGUUUCAUGGAGACCAGGGCACAACAGCCUUAUCGUG